UGUGGUGCUCCGGAACAGUCGAUUCAAACGCCGCUGAAAUCAGCUCAACCAGAAUUCAUUUGACCCGAUUUAUUACAUAUCUUUCAAUUUCACAAAUUUUUAUUCCAAUAUCAUGCCGUGUCCAAUUCAUAGCCCCUAACCAAAACCCACAAACAUCAUACCAAUAAAAAUGUCACACAACUAAAACAAACCACACCACCAACAACCACCAUGCUUUCACACCUAACCACCUCACUCUCUCACACCCCUUCCACCGUCUUCCGCCGCCGUCUCCGCCCAAUCCCACCACACCCCACUUCAAAAUCCUCCAAAUUUCACCGGAAAACACCAUCUUUCUCCACAAACAUUUCAAUGAAUUCACCUACAGAUUUAUCAGUCGACUCUAUCACCGAUGGAUUAAACAAACAAUCAAAAUUGAAACUUGAAGAUUUGAAUUGGGACCAUUCAUUUGUUCGUGAAUUACCCAGUGAUCCUCGUACAGAUGUUAUUCCAAGACAGGUGUUUCAUGCUUGUUAUUCAAAAGUAUCCCCUUCUGUUCAAGUGGAUAACCCUAAGAUAGUUGCAUGGUCUGAAUCAGUUGCAGAGAUUCUUGAUUUAGAUCCUAAAGAAUUCGAAAGACCCGAUUUCCCACUUUUGUUUACGGGGGCAUCGCCUUUAGUAGGAGGGCUUUCGUAUGCUCAAUGUUAUGGCGGGCAUCAGUUUGGGACGUGGGCGGGUCAAUUAGGUGACGGGCGGGCGAUCACACUCGGUGAACUUGUGAAUUCUAAGUCUCAAAGAUGGGAACUUCAGCUAAAGGGUGCUGGAAAGACUCCGUAUAGCCGAUUUGCUGACGGUUUAGCGGUUCUUCGUAGUAGUAUUCGGGAGUUUCUUUGUAGUGAAGCGAUUUAUAAUCUUGGGAUUCCGACAACUCGUGCUCUUAGCCUUGUAACGACGGGGAAUUAUGUUAGACGUGACAUGUUUUACGACGGCAAUCCAAAAGAUGAACCGGGUGCGGUUGUAUGCCGAGUUGCGCAAUCAUUCCUGCGUUUCGGCUCGUAUCAAAUACAUGCUUCAAGAGGAGAAGAGGAUUUUAAAAUCGUUAAAACGUUAGCCGAUUACACCAUAAAACAUCACUUUCCUCACAUAGAAAGUACGAGCAAAAGUGGUCGUUUAUUUUUCUCCUCAACGGGCCAAGAAAACGAUUCCGUUGUGGAUCUAACUUCAAACAAAUAUGCAGCGUGGGCGGUGGAAGUUUCUAAACGUACGGCUUCAUUAAUCGCCAGCUGGCAGGGCGUUGGUUUCACACACGGUGUGAUGAAUACCGACAACAUGAGUGUUUUGGGCCUCACGAUUGAUUACGGGCCGUUUGGAUUUCUUGACGCUUUUGAUCCAAGUUUCACCCCGAAUACUACUGAUCUUCCGGGUAGACGGUAUUGCUUUUCGAAUCAACCUGAUGUCGGUCUAUGGAAUAUGGCUCAGUUUGUAUCAACUCUUUCUUUAGCUAACUUGAUAAGCGAGAAGGAGGCCGAUUAUGCCCUCGAAAGAUAUGGUACAAAAUUUAUGGACGACUACAAAGCGGUAAUGACCAAAAAACUCGGGCUACAAAACUAUGAUAAAGAACUUAUAAGUAAUCUGCUUAACAAUAUGGCGGUUGACAAAGUUGACUACACAAACUUCUUUAGAUUAUUAUCCAACGUUAAAGCCGACCUAACCACCCCAGAUGAAGAGUUGUUGGUCCCACUUAAGCCGGUUUUACUAGACGUUGACCAAGAACGCAAGGAGGCUUGGACCAGUUGGGUCAAAACUUACAUUCAGGAGUUAUCUGGUAGUGGAGUUUCCGAUGAGGAUAGAAAAGCUUCGAUGAACUCUGUGAACCCGAAAUACAUUCUUCGAAACUAUUUGUGUCAGAAUGCAAUAGACAAGGCUGAACAAGGCGACUUUGAAGAAGUGAGACGGUUGCUUAAAGUAAUGGAAAGGCCGUACGAUGAGCAACCCGGUAUGGAUGAAUAUGCGCGUUUGCCACCUGCAUGGGCCGAUCGUCCAGGUGUACGCAUGCUCUCUUGCUCAUCAUGAGCCGACGUUGACAAAUGUUAUGUGUAUAUAGAACAUUUACGCAAUAUCGUUGGUAAUAUACUAAUGUGUUGUAUAUCUAUGUUUGUCGCGCUAUUCGUUUAGUCGGUUUUGAAUUAGAUAUUGUAAAAGUUGAGAUGGAGACUGGCUGUAAUUUUUCAGAACAAUCUUUGUCAAACAAUUCAUGGUUUCUUGAAAUUUUAUUUAUACACUAUUAAAAGUGUAACAUCAACAA